GAACAACAUUAAUUCGCAAUGUCGGAAGAACAAGCAGCUCAUCACCUCCUCAACGUUUUGGAAGAGCGAAAUCUCGACGUUGAUCUUGAUAGGAUCCUCCUGGGCUUUGAGGAUGAAAACACGAAAAGAGAGGCUGCUGCAUGGGUUCAUGAAUAUCUAAACGAGGAAACACUGCUGACGAAGGAAGAGCUGGAGCUGUAUCAGACGUUGAAGCGCAAGGGAUUGGCGCACCAAUAUGAGGCCGAAGGAGAACCCAUCCGCCCAAUCCUGGAUCAUGAGAUUGCAGCUGCGAUCGAGUCUUUGCAAAGCUCGACGACUGCCAUCGAGGAGCAAUGUAGAGUACUGGAAGUACAGAGAGAUGCUUUGAUGAGGCUCAAGGCGCUCGACAAGCCUAACCUGGAUGCGGAGCAUGCACGCAACGAAAGGAGGAGGAAAGAGGGGCAAGAGAAAGCGCGGUUAGACAUUGCAAUAGACGAUGUCUCGACUGCUAUCUCCGAACAGCUAAACGAUGCGCGACGAGAUCACGAAUCAGAGAAGUCAUCCCUCAAGAGCUACGUUGCCGAACGUCUUGCCUCUGAUGACCAGAUUCUGAGUCGAUUGCCAAACAUAGUAUCGACAAUUAUCUCGGAGGCUGAGGCCAGCGGAGACGAGAAGUCCAUGGAGCAGUGGUGCAAAGCCAUCGUCUCCUUUAAGACUGCUGAGAUCAAGGCUCGAGUCGACACAGUGUAUAUGAACAGCCUUUCGGGAGAGUCGAACAGCAACGCCGCAGACGAACCUGAGCUUCAGAGACGAAAGGACGCGUUACAGGCUGAACUGGAGGAACUCCACGCAGAAGUCGCCUCGAUUGCAGAAAUGGUCGUCGAACACGAGCUGAGGAAGCCAAUGGUCGAUGACAAAAAACGUAAAGAGAAAGAAAGAACCCUCGCUCGGACCGCCUGGUUAAGCUAUGUCCUCUCAACCCUCGACUACAUGAGCAAGCGCCUGGCUAUUGUCAGUGCGUCCUCUACAGAUGCAGAUGAGUUCGGACAAGCUAUGGCACACAUCAGUCAGGCAGCUACGAAACGCAUGCCCGAUGUGCACUCCCAACGCCCAACACCGAUCAAACGACGGACAUCGUCUGUGCCACUGUCAGCUUUCACGCCGAUGACCAAGCUCAGGCCGACUCAAUCUCUGGCUCUUCCUGCAGCGCUCCAAGACGCACUGCGUCACGCCGGCAUCUCCUUCCAUCAGGACACUCUGGAGGGCCUCCAGGAUACGCUCAUCCAGACUCAGAAUGAGCGAGACAAGAAGGCCCAAGAACACUUCCAGGCCACAGCUACCACGACUCACGAGCAAGUCGCCGAGCGCUCAAGCAGGGCUGAUAGCGACUUCCGGAUAGUCAUUGAUGCUCUAUAUGCACACACGCCGUUCCAGCAGAUCAACUUGACGAACCCCAAACUGGAAGCGCAGUUGAAAGCAAUGGACCGAGAACUCGACCAGAAGGAGCGCGAACUGAUGGACGCUGAGGGCCACGAAGUCAGCCUUGGUGACCCCAAGGUCAGGGCAUUCAUUGCAAAGUACAAGUAGUAUAUAACAAUUACCUACAUCAUAAUUAAGAUAGAGUCAAUGAUUUUAGGGAAUGACUAGAUAGUCAAGUAUGUAGAGCUAGCGUGGGAGAUCCUAGGCGGUUGCGAGCACCAAGCUAGCUUGAUGUCGACUUCAACAGAUAAUCUUGAG